AUGGCCAUCUACGCCGAUGCGGCACCGUCCUUGGCGGGCAGUGUCAUCAUGUUGACUUGUCUGGGCUUGUUGACGUACGGGUUACGGGUGUACUGCAGACUGACGAGGAAGUCAUGGGGCGUGGAGGACUGGAUCAUGACCGCGGCACUGCUGCCGUUCGCCGUGCUGGUGGCAGGAUGUAUCGGGGGCGCGUUCAAUGGGAUUGGUAUUCACCAGUGGAGGUUCCAAGUGCCUGGCCAGGAGCAGUACUAUGCCGAGGGACAGAAGUUCUUCCUCAUCUUCGAAGUCGGCUACUGCUCUGCCAUCAUCCCGAUCAAGCUCAGCAUCAGCUGGCAGCUGAUUCGCGUCGCUGAGCGGCGCAAGGCAUACCUGUACGGCCAGUAUCUGGUGAUCGCCAUCUUCGCCAUCAUGAACGUGAUCGCGCUGAUAUUCAUCCUCAUCAACUGCAUCCCCAUCGACGCUGCCUGGAACGGCGACUCGGAGGGUCACUGCCGGCCAUCGUACGUCCUGGCCGACGUCUACUACGCCUGCACCGCGGUGAACAUCCUGACCGACUGGGUGACAGCCAUCAUGCCGGUCCCUCUCCUCUGGAACGUGCAAAUCAACCGCAACACCAAAAUCUCCAUCGUCGGCCUUAUGGGCCUGGGUAUUCUAGCCUCCCUCUCCGCCUGCGUCCGCCUGAAAUACACCGUCGCCCUCACCAGCCAAUCCGACUACCUGUACGGGGUCGCCAACGUCGUGAUCUGGGGCUUCGCCGAGAACGCCAUCGGGAUGAUCGUCGGCAACGUCGCGACGCUCCGCCCGCUGUUCCGCAUCCUCCGCGACCGCAAAACCUCGGAUAACUACUACACUCGCUCGCGCGGGCUGCCGGGCUCGCAGCGCACCGGGCCGGGGGGGUUCUUGCGCACGUACGAGCUGGCCGAACAUGGGAAGAACACCGGGGUGGUGUCCACGUCAGAAGCAGAUCCUCGGGGUGGGUCUUCUCCGGGGGAGGCGGAUAUUUUGGUUAGUCGGCAGGUUAUUGUGGCUUAUGAUUGA